GGCACGUGAUUGGCGGGAUGAGCCGUCGCUCAAGUGGCCUCGCGGCUGGAGUAUAAAUUGAGAGGAUCGGAAUCUGGAGUGAGAAGAAGCAGCUAGCCUUAGUUUAGAGCUAAUCUGUAACAUAGCACACACAUUAACAAACACACUAACACAAACAGACAAACACACGCACGGUGAUCAGCAGGAGCUCGCUCUCAUGCACUUUUUAUUAAGCUGUGUUUGUGCAACAGAACUCCCUGCAUGUUAGCAGGACUGGGCUAGCUGCAGAAGCUAACUGUUUACCAGGUUAGGUUUAAUUAUUCAUGAGGGUGCUACGUGAUUGGUGGAGGCAGCGGAAAGGGCGGAGCUAGAGAAGUGAACGUUUUCUGCAGACAGAGGAAGAUGAUCAGGAUGUCAUUAGACACAGAGACUGUCCUCCCUCAUGAGGUCAGCCCCGCCGCUGUCAGCCUAUCAGAGCAGCCGCAGCUGGCCAAGUCCCACCCCCUACAUGCUGCAUACGGACUCCAGUUGCCCGACAACAGCCAGCCUGCCGCCGCUGGAGCUCAGCGAAUAGUAAAGCGCCGUUACUCGAUGGGCGUCGGGUUCAAGGGACUGGCCAAGCGUCGCCGCCGCACCAACAGCGACAGCCAAUCAGAAUCCGUGCUGCCGAGCCACUUCCUGUUGGGCGGGAACAUCUUCGACCCGCUGAACCUCAACUCACUAUUGGACGAGGACGUCAACAGAGCGACCAAUCAGGAGACACCAAAGUGCUCACCCCUGCCACUGCGGGGCGGAGACCCUGUAGAGAUCCUGGUUCCCCGUGACAUUACAGACCCCCUGAACCUGAAGGGGGGGUGCCGCGGGGGUGGUGAGGUAGGGGGGCUGCUGCUCUCCCCCCUGAAAAGGAGGAGACACAGGAACAGACACCAUGGGGGGGGUGGCGGGGGUGAGAGGGAGGCCGUACCUGCCCGGCUGUUCAGCUCCACGGUGGCUCUGACAGUUCCUCUGCUGACCAGAGAGGGCGGUGUCUCUGCGUCUCCGCUGCCCUGUGAACUGAACACCGCCAUCACCUGUCGGGAUGACGUGGUCCUGCCCCCCAUCCUCCUCCGCAGACACACCCACCCCGCGCCGGGUAACCAGGGCGAGGGUCGCCAGCGGAGACAGCGCCGCACCACCUCCAUCAGGUCGUUCGACUGUGCCGCUAUUGCAACCACCGCAACCACAACACAGCCAACCAAAUUCGAGACACCUCUGGUGGGAGGGGCUAAAGCUGGCAGGUGUGGAGGCCCUCAGUCCGGCUCAGCUCAGCCACCACAGAAGAAGAAGAAGGACAAGCACCGCUAUCAGCAUGGCAACCACAGCCGUUACUACGGUUACCUUGGUUUCUAUGGUGACGGGUGUGAGGGGCGCGUGGGCCCGCAGGACGACCCGCGGCUCCGCCUCCUGCAAGCCGAUUGGUUCAGAGACAGGAAGGUGCUGGACAUUGGCUGCGGCGCCGGUCACAUGACGCUCGCUGUCGCCCGCAGAUUUACCCCCGCCCACAUCCUGGGGGUGGAGCUUAACGAGAGGCUGGUCCACGCAGCCAAUCAGAACAUCAGACACUUCAUGUCGCAUGACCUGGUGCUGAAAGAGGAGGAGGAGAGGAGGAAGAAGAAGACGAAGAAGGAACAGGAUAUGGAGGAGGUGAUGGUGGAGAAAGAUGAGGUGAUAGAGAAGGGGAAGGAGGAAGAUAUCAUGGAGGUGAUUAAGUUAUUCCAGUGCUCUGUCUCCCUCCUUUCUCUCCCCCUUUCCUUCAGGGUGAGUCGGGGUCCUCUCUCAGCUCCACCCCUGCUCCUCCCCUCCUCCUCCAGGUUCCCUCAGAAUGUCACAUUCAUCCAGGGCGAUUACGUGUCACUGCAGGAGCUGUGGCCUGGGCGAGGCCAGUAUGACGUCAUCAUUUGUCUGGGCGUGACCAAGUGGGUGCAGCUGCAUUCAGGUGACGGGGGCGUGGCCACGUUGUUCAGGCGAGCCUAUCAGAGCCUGUCGCCGGGCGGACUAUUCAUCCUGCAGCCCCAGCCAUGGAGCAGCUACUGCCGCAGCAAGAGAGCCUCGGAGAGGACGUGUGAUGCCUUCAGGACCCUGAGGUUCAGACCAGAGCAGUUCACCUGGUACCUGACAGAGAGAGAGGGGUUCACCUCAUACAGGAUGCUCACACACACAGGUGACAAGAGGCCGAUCUACCUAUUCAACAAAGGCCCCGCCCGCAGGAAAUGACAGCCUCUCUCUGAUUGGUCUUUUUGUAUUUGACUCUAACCUCGCAGCUAGAUGGCUGAGUAGCCGAUGACAUCACAGAGGAGAAUGAACUCUGAUUGGAGCACAGUGUUUCUGUGACUGCGAUUGGCUGCCAGAGCAAAGGAUUGUGACUGCUGAUUGGACGCUGACAGGAAGUGACACGUGUACAGGUCGACAUGAAAACAUUUAUUGUUCAGUUUUUGUCAAAAUAAAGAGAAUUAACCCGUC